AUGGAUUCUGUGCCGGGUUCUAUAGGUACGAGUGCAAGCUUUGCUCUGAGACUUGGCCAGGCCAUAUUCUCUUCAGCUUCUCUUUUCCUCAUGUCUUUUGGAGUCGGGUUCUACAGCUAUACAGCCUUUUGCUUCUUGGUAACAAUCAUGGGCUUGGUCAUACCGUGGAGUUUCACUCUGGCGAUUCUUGAUGGAUACUCCAUCCUAGUUAAAUGCUCAAUUCGUCAGUCGGGAAUAUUGCUGGUCAUUGUUAUAGGAGACUCGGUCUUGUCCAUUCUCACAUUAGCCGCAGCCAGCUCAACUGCUAGUAUUGUUGAUCUUCUGCUCAGAGCCAAUGGGCCGUUUUGUCCUCCAAGGCUAUGCAUCAGAUAUCAGAUAUCUGCCGCAAUGGCAUUCUUGUCAUGGCUUCUCUCCGUGGCUUCUUCUCUUUUCAAUCUAUGGCUACUUCCCGCUCUAUCACAUUAA